UUCAAGAUGGCGGAAUCUCAAAUUUUUUGUGAAUUACAUGUAUUAUCACUCAUGAAUUUCGCUUAUUUCACCGUUUCUUUUGUCAUCGAUUCCUCUGAUAACUACUUCCAAGGAUGAUGAAAGCCCAGUAACUUUGCAAUUAUGGCUGCCUAAACUGGAGCAGAGAUGGCUGCCCAGUGAGGGGUGGUGAAAGGAGAGCUGUUAGCAGCCAGUUGACAUGAGGGACAGGCUGAACCGUAAAGACGACCAGUCAUUCUGAGACUGGUGGAUGUGACAGAAGGCAGCUCAGUGAAUGAAGACAUUUUCAGGAGAAGACUCGCAAGUCUUUGACCUGGCUCAAACAAUUGGACUGGUUGAUUCUGAUGACACUCUUUCAAUUCAAAAGGUGGUCGUUGUGAAUGGGAUUUUUCAACCUGAGUGCUGCUGACAUUUUUGUGAAUUUCUUAGCCACUGCCGUGCACUGUGGUUUCAUUAUCAUUUGCUAACUUAAAUGAGCUGGUGCUACAGGUGAACAUUACUUGUUUUUGGUGGUAAUAGUUUAGAAAUUAGCUUUUCAUAAAUCCCUGCCACAAUGGCAUCCAUCAAAGACCUUGCUGAAUGCACGAGCAAGUGCCGCUCAAAAAGACAUGCCCUGGAAAUGAUCAGUGCUGUCACAAAAGGAACACUAUCACAGAUCAAAGUGUAUCUCCAGCGUUGCUACAAUUCCACAUCUGGCCUGACUGAUCCAUUUGGACGUAAUCUCCUGCACAUUGCCGCCACGUGCGGGAAAGCUGACAUUGUUGAGUGGUUGCUGGAGGAGCGGAAGUUUAACCCAUCUACCCGUGAUAUGGAGUCGAACUGGACAGCGCUACAUAGAGCCUUGUUUUAUGGACAGCUGGCAGCUGCAAGAGUAUUAGCUUCACAUUUGAAGCCUGGCCUGUACCUGCAGGACAAAGAAGGCCUUAGCCCACUAGACCUGGUCAUGAAAGAUCGUCCAGCCUAUAUUGACUACAAGGACUCCAGCUUGAGUGAGACAUUCAGUUGGGGUGAUAACACUAACUUCACCCUCGGCCACAGCAUCCAGCAAAGGAAGGCCUACCCGGAGGCUAUUGAUACAUUCAGGAGGGAGAAGAUUAAUGUUGUCGAGGUGAGCAUCUGCAAGUUCCACACUGUGUUCCUGACAAGAGAAGGCCAGGUUUACACCUGUGGUCAUGGUCGAGGUGGCCGACUUGGUCACGGCACAGAGCAGACUUGUGUGGUGCCUUGUCUCGUGGAGGGCCUUAAACAUGAGAAGGUACGCGCCAUUUCAGCAGCUGUGGACCACACACUCUUUCUAACUGAAAGCAACUGGGUGUAUGCCUGUGGGCUCAACAAUAACAAACUUCUUGGCCUGACACCCAUUCCGGAUAAGUGUCUCAGCCCAAAACAGAUCAAGACAAAGUUGCCAAAGGGUGUUGAGAUUGUCGGUAUCAGUGCAGGAAGGUUCCACUCUGUUUUCUACACAAACUCAGCCGUUUAUUCCUUUGGCUUGAAUGCUGGUCAGAUUGGUCAUCAGAAAGGUGUCGUGUUCCAGCCAAACCCCAGACAGGUGUCUGCCUUGAAUCAAAAAGGUGUGGAGAUCUGCCAUGUUUCAUCAUCAGACGCUGCCACUGUCUGCCUCACAACCAAGGGCGACAUCUAUGUGCUGCAUGAAUACAGAUGCAGGAAGAUUGCAUCAAGAACACUUGAAAUCCUCAAGGUGUGUGUGAGUGGUGGGAAUCUGGACCACACGGUCAGAUCUGAUGUGGGCAUCUUGAGGGAAAGAGGAGGGAAGGAACUCGUCAUUGCCAUCCUCACAGAUGGAGGCAAGGUGUUCAUCUGGAAAGAGUCCUAUCAAACCUUGGUACAAAUCGACUGGAAUCUUGGACGAGAGCUUGAAGUUUGUUAUUUCACCUUGAACCAAGUCGGCAUCGGGAUGGUAUCGAGUAAUGGUGAGGUUUUCUUGGCCAAGCCAAGGCACAGUCAACCCAAGGCACAGACACUGAGCAAGCCAACUCCUGCAAAGGAAAAUCCAGCAGACAACUUUGGUGCGACGAGUCUCCUGGACUUACUUGAGAAAGAAGAAAAGGACAACUAUCAAGUUGAGAGAGUGGCCUACAUUCACUGGGGGCUGAAGAUCGCCUCAGACAGGAAAGGGCAUAACUAUGUGGUGAUGCAAGGACAACCAAUAUCCAAUUUGACGCACGUUCCUGAACCCCAGGCAUCCCAGAUGCACCAACAUUUCCAAGUGUUAUUGGAUGAGGCAAAUGAAUUCGAUACAAUACACGAUGUUGUCCUAGAAGUUGGCCCAAGAAAGGUCGCCGCUCACAAAUACAUCCUGGCGCACCGGAGUGACUACUUCAAGAAGCUUUUCCUUCAGUCUGACAUCGGUGCAGCAUCCGAAUUCUUAAACCACCAGGUUAUAGAUAUUGCAGAUGUAAAUGAAGAACUAUUUUCUCAGCUCGUCCGAUUCAUUUAUACGGAUGAUUGUGAUUUGUUACAUAUCGGUGAAACCUACUCACUGCCCAAGGAUACAUUAGAUGUUGAGAAAGAAGAUGAUUUCAGUGACUUUAUUAUGGUGUCAUCAUCCAAAAAGAUGUCUGCGUAUGAGGUGAAGCAGAAGAAGCGUUGGAAGUGUGCAGAGGGAGGCAAGGUUGAGAAGAGGAGUGGGACUAACCCAGUGAAGAUGCUUCAAGAGAUGGCUGAAACGUUUGGUGUUCAUGCCCUCAAGAAAAGAUUAGAAGCUGUCAAGUAUAACCAAGGAAAGAUUCAAUCGAAUGGGCGUCAUCUGGCGAAACCUAACAUUCGCUUUGACAGAAAAAAACUUGUGGCAUUGAGUAAUGUUGCUCUGCAAUCAGAGGACGGAGAGAUUAUCGCUUGUCAUAAGUGUAUCCUGUGUGCGAGGUUGGAAUACUUCAACAGCAUGUUGGGAUCAGGAUGGAUUGAGACAUCCAUGUCAGAUUCGCUGUCCUUGCCGGUGCUGGGGAAUGUGCUCAAGAUCAUAGUAGAUUAUCUCUACACUGACACUGCCACAGUCAUCCACACUUGUGAAGACGCCGAGUUGAUCUGUAACGUCCUGGUGGUGGCCGACCAGUUGCUGAUUACGAGGCUCAAAGAAAUAUGUGAAGCCAUUAUCACGCAGAUGUUGACCUUGAAGAACGCUGCUGAACUGCUUGAGUUUGCUACAGUUUACAACUCGGAGCAGCUGAAGGUUGCCUGUCAGGAGUACAUCUCGAUCAACCUGGCAGCCAUGAUCGAGGCGAGAUAUCUUGAUGUGCUCUCUCACGAUGUCAUCCAGGAGCUGACUAGAUUUUACAAGGAGUUUGUGCCUGCCAUGGAGAGGAGGGUUGUGACUCCCUACAGUGAUCCUCCUGACAUCGCAACCCUCGAGUCCUUAGACACUGAUGUUGAGGUCGAGAUGAUCCAAUGGCAAGGCUCAAAAGAUGGCGCUUCUAGGAAAGGCAAAUCCAAGAGGCGGAGGAGUCGUAAUAAGAGUAUCUCGGAGGAUAAAGGAUGCGAGAGGAAGCUGUCUGUGGCGUCUGACAUCAGUUUGGAGGAUUACUCGUCUGAGCCAACGUCCCCAAGGUCUGACAUUGAACAGCCUCUUCUGAUGGAAAUGGAGAGCUUUCUGCCACGAGAUGUAUUCAGCUCAGAAAGUCCAGUGGAAGAUCUGGCCAGCCCCAAGUCACCGUUUGCUUGGUGUGCAGCCUCAGGAGAUGCUUCUAGUCCAGUAGGUGCAUGGUGUCAUACCCCCCUCCAACAGGUUCCAGUCUCGGCAGACCCACUCUUGUCUCCCACAUCUCCAAGUCUGAAGGACAUCAUGAUGGCAGAGGAGACGAGGGAGAAGGUCACCAAGAAGCCUCAAUCUCUCGGAACCAGUGGUAAAAAGAAGAAGAAACAACUAUUCCGGCCGAUAUCUCUCGACUCAACACUGCCAGACGAUGAGAAACCAGCUGAAGCUGAUCAAUCAAAGAAACCAGCCGUCAUGGCUCGGGUCUGCCCCUGGGCCAACACCAACAGUAUGGUUCAGUCACUGCGAGACUUGAUGAUAGACGAGGAGAAGAGAGCCAAGACCAAGAAGACAGAGCCAACUCCGGAGAAACAAGCCAAGGUUAAGAAGACUGUGCCAGCUGUCGAGAAAUCUCGGAGUAAGGUCACAUCUCCUGGAGGUGGGGGUGAUGCCUCAUUUGUAUGGGGCCUACCUAUGAGCAAGAGACAGCAGAAGGCACCGAGGGAACAGGUCAAGCCGCUGGAUAGUCCCUGCUCUCCCCGAGAGAACCCCUGGAUGAAAACACCAGCCCCUGAGAGUAAAGUGGUCAGCUUUCAAGAGAUCGUCAACGAUCAGGUGGAGCAGAGACAGUCAAGGGAUGAGGCAGCAAAGAAGCCUCUGCAUCUCAUUCAGAUGGAGGAACAAGCAAUCCAAGAGUUACUGGCCCAUUACAAGGCUGAUGAGAACAUGGACAAGUUCAUCACCGUGGAGAGGGUGACCAUUGUGAUGGAAGCACCCACGUGGCUUGCUCAUCAGAAACCUCACAAGAAAUAAAAAUUUCAGCGAUUACGAAACUGUCUUCUUUGUUUGCUCUUCAGCUAUAGUGCUUGUCUCAGCAGGAUCGUAUGGCCUAGUGUGGCCCAACAAAUGUGUUGUUGCUAAUAUAAUGCUAAAAUGUAAACAGCGUGUGCCAAAACCUGCCAACUCUAGUUAAGGAUAGUCUUUGGAAGAACUGGUGUUCCUGAGAUGUAGGUGGUGCUGUGCACAGAAUGCAAAUGUAGGCAAUGUAAAUUGAUAUGUGGACUAUCAAAAUGUGUUGGCGAAGAUUAAAAUGGGAUGUGUAUAUAUCGAAAGUUUUUGUACCCAGCAAAACAUCAUAUCAUAUGUUCCAGUUAUAUGGAAGUCUGUGCUAUAUGUUUUAAACCAACUGCCAAGUGAUAACUUAUGGAGGAAAGUCCUGCAUAUCACAUGGUGCUGUGUAGAUGACUCUGGUCGAUUCAACCCAUAAUGGCUGUGUUUCUAAUGACAGGAAUGGGCUCUUGUACAUAAUGUACUGAUAGAGGUGAAAUGGGUGGACUACUUAGUGCUUUAUUAGGAAAAUCAUUUGGAUUCGUCCUUUUGAGGGUCUAUUUUGCUCAAAAAUGAAAUGAGAGUGUCUCCUCCUGGGAACUCUGUACUUCCCUCGGGUUAAAGUGAUGUACAGAUGUAUUGAAUGACCUAGACCAUUGAUGAAGUCCAUCAAAGAGGGGUUGUGUUUUAUGGUAUAUGAUUGUACAUAAUGAUAAUGAAAUGGGAUUACAUAAAUUAUAUUGUGAUAUGUGCAGGUGGUGUCUUGUACAAUCUGUGUGACAUGUAAGUAGAUUUUAUCAAAGAAUUAUUCGUCUUCGGAUCUCGAGUUUUCCAGUUCAUGCUAUGAAGGUGUCUGUAAAUGAAUCUGUGACAUUGGUAACUGUUAUUGUUAUCAAUAAAGUUAUUUUUGCUGAAA